AUGGUCAACGCUACAGCUCACGGACUCAUAGGUGUAGUUCUGCUCGCCCGCCACGGUGACAGGACGGAAUACUAUCAAAAUCCUUUAACAUACAACUCCAACCAGUCGUAUAUCACUCCUCUUGGUUCGGUCCAAGAAUACGAGCUCGGCUCGUAUCUUCGCUCGGUGUACUUGAACAAGUCCUCCCCGUCUUACAUCUCGAACAUCAGCACGGAUGUCGCCGACAUAAAUCAACUUUACAUUCGCUCGGACGCUGGGGGCGGCAAUGCUAUCCUCAACUCAGCUUACAGCUUGUUGCAGGGGUUGUAUCCUGGAACCACGGCCUCAAGUAUCACACUUGCCAACGGUACCACAGUGACUGCACCUCUGCAAGGAUAUCAGUACAUCCCAGUGGAAUCUGUGGAGCAGGACCUUAUACCUUCUUUGACGAGUUGGAUGGACUGCCAGUACUUCCAAUACCACGUCAACCGAACGUAUGAUUCUUCCCAAUAUUUGGAAAUCGCACAGGAAGCACAGCCGUUCUUAGAUGCAGUCGUACCUUACAUUGAUGGAAGGAGCAACAACUUUACCAACAUGUGGAAUAUCUACGACUAUAUCAACGUGCAGUCCAUACAUAACAAGACCUACAACGAUGCGCUUCCGCCGACGUUCCUGGAGCAAGCGCGGUACUAUGCCAACCAGCAUGAAUACCUGAUGUUCACCGACAGCGCCUCCAAUGCCAUAGGAGAGAUUCCCAUUCGGACUCUCCUUCCCGAGCUCAUCUGGUCCCUUGGUAAUAUGUCUGCCAACACGAGCCCUGUCAAACUCGCCCUCACCGAGCUGGACUACAAGCCGUUCAUCAGCUUGUUCAACGUCACCAACGCGACGCUUGGUGACCCAUCCAUCGCCGGAAUUGCGAACUACGCGUCUGCGGCGGCGCUCGAGCUUUCAUAUGGCUCCGGUGGCGAGCCCGAGAUCAGCCUCAAGUUCAAGAAUGGCACCGAAGAUGACGAGCUACGCCCAUUGACGAUGUGGGGUAACUCAAGCGUGACGCUGAAACAGUUCAUUACCAUCUUGGACAAUACGACUGUUAACAGCACUCACAACUGGUGUUUCUCGUGCAACCAGACCAUUCUCAGGGGUUGCUCAGUGUACAACUUUAGCACCGACCCUUUCCUGAACCCCGGUUCAGCCAACCCAUAG